CAGCCACACAGCCACACAGCCACACAGCCACAAGGCCCUCCACAGCUUCUUCAGCUUGUGCAGACAGCUCGACUCUCACUCACUUUUUGUCCAGUCAUCAAAGACGCUCGCGCAUCAUCAGUUUCUUCUUCAUCACCACCCCUCUCCCUCCAUUCCGCCCGCCACCUCUCGUCUCAGCGUUCACCCCUGAGUCGCCAGGAAGAUGCCGAAGCUGCACACCGCGUGCCAGCGCGGAGACAUUGACAAGGUCAGGGCGCUCCUCAAGAAAGGCCUCUUCUCCGGCCCGAAGCCUGUCGACUGCCGCGACUCCAUGGCAAGGACACCGCUGCAUGUGGCAUGCCAAUAUGGACAGGUGGAGGCCGUGGAGGAGCUGCUGCAACACGGAGCCAGCGUUCACGCCAAAAACGUGAUGGCAAACACGCCACUGCACAUUGCCAGCCAGCAUGGGCAAGGCGUGAUUGCGCGUCUGCUUCUUCAACACGGGGCCAGCGUCGACGAGGCCAACAACGAAGGCAACACUGCAUUGCACAUUGCGGGCUUCUGUGGUCAAGAUACCAUCGCGGAGCUGCUCAUUGAGAAUGGCGCAACCACCCACGCCAAGAACAAAGAGGGACGCACGCCGUUGCACCUGGCCAGCUUCAGGAACCACGUUGCCGUCGUUCGUGUGCUGCUCAAGCACGGCGCAAGCUCGGCUAUUCGCGGCUAUGAUGACAUGACACCGCUGGAUGAGGCCGAGGCGCAGCGCAACAGCCAGGUUGUGGACACCAUCCUGCAGUUGCACACGGCCUGUCGCAAGGGAGAUAUCCACACCGUCAGCGCGCUGCUGCGUGAUGGGUGGGAUCCAAACCAGAAAGACCCGAUGGGCUGCACACCCUUGCAUGAUGCAGCGCGGGAGAACCACGCGGAUAUCGUGCGGCUCCUGCUCCAGUACGGCGCCGACCCGCUCAUCCCAAACACCUAUGGAUGGACACCACGGGACCGAGCGAGGCACCGCAACCACACCACAAUUGCGCAAGUGCUGAAGCGCGCAGAGUUGGACCAUAAAGACAAGAAGCCCGAGGCCGGGCCCUGGUCAACCGUGUCGCUGCAUGUUGCUUGCAAGCGCGGCAACAUCCACGCCGUCUCCUCCCUCCUGGAGGAAGGCAUUGACUUUAACCACCCAGACGAUGACGAGACAACGCCGCUGCACUAUGCCUGCAUGCACAGCCAUGAGGACAUUGUCAAGCUCCUCUUGGACCGGGAACCGCCCGUGGAAGUCGACAGCAAGGACUCAUACCUGAUCCCGCACACGCACUCGCUGCACGCCGCGUGCCGUCUUGGAGACGUUGAGUCGGCGGAGAGGCUCCUUGAUGACGAGGGAUACAGUCCAAACAUCCGAAACGAAAAUGGCGCUACGGCACUGCAUGUGGCCAGCAAGCACAACCAGAUUCCGAUUGUUCGUCUGCUGCUUCGCCGCGGCGCCAUGGUGAAUGCAUAUGAUCCUCAGGUAUGGUGGGUGGGUAAGUGAGUUAAAAGUGGUCGACUACUGCCCUGAGGACGUUUGUUUUGCUUUGUGUUGCUUUCUCUGCUGUUCGUUCUGCUUCUGCACGCUUAAGACUAUUGUGAUGCUGUGCUUUCCACGGACUGGUGUCUUUCUCAACUGAAGGGGUCAUGCUGUUGAUUGUGCAUGCAUGCGUGACAUUGUUGAUUAGGGCGACACGCCGCUGCAUGUUGCAUGUCGGCAGCACAACUCCGCUGUCGUGCAGCUCUUGCUCAACGCGGGUGCAGAUGUCACGCUCAAGAACAGCCGGGGCGGCACGCCUCUUGCAGUUGCGAAGAAGCGCAACUUCACGACCAUCGUCACGCUGCUGGAGCGUCCAUCCAGCCCCAUCCAGCAGCUGCCGCUUCCGCCCCUGCCCAAGCCAACCCCUGCCCACCGCCACCACAUCUACUCCAACAAAACAGAGACUGCGUAGUGACCAUGUUUGAAUCAAUGUGUCAAUGUGGUAGUGUUACUGUUGUGAAGUAUGUGACACGAUACCUGCUGUUUUGCUGCUUCCUCCAUCUCUUACUUGAAUGCUGUGCCUUAGUGUGAAUAAUGCUUCUGGUCCUGAGCUUUGCUUCUGCCGUCUCUGCUCUCUCAUGGUUUGUGUUCUUCGUGCUUUCGUGGGUCCUUGAGGGGUUGCACUGCUACUGCAUUGUGUGCCGCUGCACUGUGUGUGGUCCUACUCUAUGGAUGACAAAGAUUUCGAUUGCGA